AUGAUAUGCGUGGACGUGGACGAAUGCAAGGUGUUCUCCCCGUGCUCCCAGGGAUGCGACAACUUCCCCGGGACCUUCAGCUGCUACUGCGCCCGAGGGUAUUACCUUCGGCCAGACAACUACUCCUGCAAGGCCCACGACCCUCUCCCGAGCAUCGUGUUCGCCAACAGAUUGGAUAUCAGACAAAUAUCUGUCGACGGCCACGAGUACUCAGCCAUCAUGGAAGACCUCCAGAAUGCGAUAUCUCUUGACUUUCACUACUACCGCGACCUCAUCUUCUGGUCCGAUGUCAGCCUCGACGUCAUCAUGAGAGCCUUCCUGAACGGCACCGAAGUCACGGGGAUCGUUCGCUGGGGCCUAAGAAAACCAUGUGGCGUGGCGGUGGACUGGAUCAACGAUCACGUCUACUGGAUGGACGGCAUAACCAAGAGGAUAGAAGUUGCAGAACUAGAUGGCUCCAACCGUCAUCCCAUCGUCUGGAGUGGUCUGCAGAAGCCUCGGGCGCUGGUGCUCUAUCCGCAGAAGGACUUGAUGGUCUGGACCGACUGGGGUGAAAACGCGACGAUCGAGAGCGCCUUCCUGGACGGGUCUGGUCGCCGGGUGAUCGUGAGAGAUGGGCUGCAGUGGCCCAACGGCAUAACGAUGGACUACCCGACGGAGACCAUCUACUGGGUCGACGCUCGGCAGCACAAGAUCGAAGCGGCGCUGUUGGAUGGUUCGAACAGGAAAACGAUCCUGGAACGUAGUCUCCCACACCCCUUCGCCAUCACGGUGUUUGAGGAUAACCUGUACUGGACGGACUGGCGUACCCGUUCCAUCCACAUGGCCAACAAGAGGACAGGGAGAGACCACACCACUAUCCAACAGAGCCUCGCCUUCCCUAUGGAUAUCCGCAGCAUGCACGCCGAGCGACAGCAGAUCCCGAGGGAGCGCACCGGCUGCGCGAACAACAACGGCGGCUGUUCCCACUUGUGUCUUCCGGGACAAUACCAGCACGCUUGUUACUGUCCCCACGGCCUUGCCCUUCUCGCUAAUAAAAGGACGUGCAGCGAUCGACCUGAAGACGUGCUGGUAUUCGCCCAACGCAAUAACCUCCGCAUGAUUCCUCUGAACGGGACUCUCGAGGACAACCUGGCAAGGACGGACACGGUCGUGCCUGUGGACGGGGUGGAGUCCGCCGUGGCCCUCGACUUCUACACCGAGGACGACAUCAUCUUCUGGACGGAUAUUGAGGCGAGGACCAUCAGCCGAGCGCAUCUCAACGGCUCCUCGCAGACUAUGGGGGUCAGGAACGUGCUGGAAUUGCCUGGGGGUGUGGCUGUUGACUGGUAUACCGAUAAGCUUUACUGGACGGACGCUGGGACGAAACGCAUCGAGGUGUCUAAGCUCGACGGCAGCAUGCGGUCCCUGCUUAUCUGGCAAGGUCUCGAUAAGCCAAGGGACAUCGUUGUAGAUCCGCAGGACGGCUACAUGUUCUGGAGUGAUUGGGGCAAGCACGCCAAGAUCGAGCGAGCGGGCAUGGACGGCUCUGAACGCAUAACGCUGAUCGACUCUAACCUGAUGUGGCCCAACGGCCUGGCCAUCGACUAUGAACGCCGACUCCUCUACUGGCUGGACGCCUCGCUCAACAAUAUCGAGAUGGCCGCCAUGGAUGGCACCAACAGGAAGAUCCUCAUAAAGGGCAACCUGACACACCCCUUCGGCCUGACGCUGUGGAACGACCUGGUGUUCUGGUCAGACUGGGACACCAAGAGCAUCUACGUCGCCAACAAGCACAACGGGGGAAACAGACGUGUGGUCAUAGACGGGUUAAAGGGACUCAUGGAUGUCCGAGUGUUCCAGCGGAAGCAGACAAAAAGAGAAACAGCUUGCAGCACAAAUAACGGAGGGUGUUCACACUUAUGCUUGCUCAGGCCGAAGGGAGUGUCCUGUGCUUGUCCCACUGGUAUAUUGCUCAAGAGUGAUAAGCUCACGUGCCGGCGUCGACCUCUUCAGUCGCUGUUGAUCGCAGACCAAGAAAAUAUCCGUCAGAUUUCCCUAGACAUGCCUUACAUGGUGGACGUCGUGUUGCCUAUGCCUCACCACCAAAUCGUAGUCGCCCUCGACGCCGACUCCGUCACAGGUGACAUCUACCUCGCCGACAACGCCGAGCACGUGAUCCGCCGCUGUUCCGCCGACGGUACCAACAACCACGUCAUUAUAUCAGCGGCUAUUAACACGGUGGAAGGCAUUGCGGUGGAUACAACGGGCAGGAAGUUGUACUGGACUGACCUGAUGCGCAAGUCAGUGGAGGUGAGCGAGCUGGACGGCAGUAACCGACGGGUCUUGUUCACUGACCUGCACAAACCCCGUGGUAUCGUGACCCAUUACCCGAGUGGCAAGCUGUUCUGGGCGGACUGGGGCCUGCCGGGGAUCGAGGUGUCAGACAUGGAUGGGAACGAACGGAAAAUAUUCAUCUCCAGCAACAUCGCGUGGCCAAAUGGACUUACUGUGGACUGGAGUAAAAGAGAGCUCUUUUGGGCAGACGCCAAGACUAAUGCUAUUGAGGCCAUCGGUAUAGACGGUAGAAAUAGGCGGACAGUUAUUAGAGAUGCCCCUCAUCCAUACGGCGUGACUCUACUCGGGAGCUUCGUGUAUUGGACCGACUGGGAGACCAAAUCCGUGAACCGCACACGCAAGAACGGAACAAGCUAUAACACUACCAUUAGAGCGGGUCUACCAGCCGUCAUGGAUAUCAAAGCACUGCCGGGUCCACCAGUUGUCAAGAAUGAAUGUGGAAAUGAUAACGGCAAAUGUUCUCACCUUUGUCUGCGAAACUCGGAAGGCAUCUCUUGUGCUUGCCCGACUGGUCUUACCGUGAAGGAUAACCACCGCUGCGUUGACGAACCCUCGAACUACUUAAUCUUCGCUGGCCUGAGGACGAUUGGAAGGAUCUCCCUCGACACUGAGCCCCUGUGGGACGUGCCCCUCGACGUGCCCCACAUCCACCACCCCGUCAUCGUUGACUAUUACCAGAGGGAGGAUAUCCUUUUCUUUACGGAUCUCAAAUUCGAUUCCAUCCGUGCGGUGUCGUUGAAGAACCUCACGCACCCGUGGACUGUGCUGUCGGAGGGCCUCAACACACCCGACGGUCUCUCGGUGGACUGGAUCGCAGGGAAUCUGUACUGGAAUGACGCCGGCCGGAAGGUGAUCGAGGUGGCUAAGGUGGACGGCUCCUGCCGAAAGAUCAUCGUUAGCACAGACCUAGUGGAGCCUCGCGCCAUUGCGGUCUUCCCAGAGGAAGGCUUACUGUUCUGGACGGACUGGGGUAACAAGUCCAAGAUCGAGCGCUCGUUCCUGGACGGCACGGGGCGCAAGAUCCUCAUCGACCAAGAGAUCGGCUGGCCAAAUGGACUCACGAUCGACUACGACACGAAGCGCAUCUACUGGAACGACGCCCUGAAGGACACCAUCAAAUCCUCCGACCUUGAUGGCCAAAACGAAGUCCUUUUGGUGCCGAAAGUCGUCCAUCCUUUCGGUCUGACGCUGCUCGGCGACUACAUCUACUGGACAGACUGGGAUCAAAUGACGAUUGAACGAGCUAACAAGUCGAGCGGCAGUAAUCGGCAGGUUAUCCGGACUGACAUCGAGGGCGUGAUGGAGGUCAAGGCAGUGAGCGGCAAGGGACAGACCGGCUGGAACGUCUGUGCGGAUAGGAACGGCGGCUGUACACACCUCUGCCUUUACCAUCCCGAGGGCGUCCGCUGCGCCUGCCCCGACCGCCCGGAUGCCAGGAGAUGCUCAGACCGUCCUGUGAUCAAGGUGACCCCGACGGGGAGUCCGCAUCACGCCAUGUUCAGCACGACGAUGGCGUCGGCCAAGAAGGGUCCCCGCGGCGACCCCCCCGGCCUGAUCCCGCUGCUGGUGGCGCUGGUGGUGGUGGCGAUCCUUGCCGUGGCGUCCAUGGUGGCGGUGGUGGUGUGGUGGAAGUACAAGGAGAAGACCAAGAUGGUGGAGGGGCCCAACGGCGGCGCCCUCACCUACACCAACCCCACCUACAGCGCCUCCAACUCCGAUGUCAACACCGACCGCAAGCCCUUCACCUGGCGGCGCCUCCACCACGAUGCCAACCACCAGGGACGGAUGUUCGACGAGAAGGGCGAGGUGGCGGCUCUGAUCAGCGAGGGAAGCAGCGUGGAGCACGAGAGCCCCCCGCCCACACCACCCACCAGGACUGAUACUGUCACAUAAUCUGCCCCUUCGCCCCAACGCCAGCCAGUAAUACCCUUCCUACCUCCCUCUGAGUCCUCCCAGAUCUGCAUCAUCCCUCCAAGCACAGCACGGACCCUGUCAGUACCUGCCUCACUACCUUUCCUCCGACGGUUAUGACUUCGCCCUUACUAGUCCCCUUCGUCCCCACACAUUUACUGGCUUACACCUUGUUACUAGUGCCCGAGGCCCUCUGAGACAUUCCUUCCCCUCCGCCCUCCCCUCCUCGUGCUGGCCUGCCCUCUACCACCCCAGCAAUUCAUCUCGGUCAGCACAUCACGCCGCCCGCACCCCCGCACAACGCCCUCUCAUCACCCUCCCACAGUCACAUGCUCAAGGCCCCCGUGAGUGUCACUUGGUCACUUUUUGCACCUCUGCCGGCCAGGAGCAAGACCUCUGCCACCCAACUAUGUCCCCACUGCCCCAACACCACCACCUGUUGCUGACACCCACACUGUUUUAGCAAAUGUUGACCUCCUGUUAUCUCGCCGCCAAAUAUUCUAAAGGAUAACCUAGAGACAAGACCGACUACUGGCCCAUCAGCGAGGUCGACUGGCCUCCGAAAAGCGUCGACACCAGGGGAGGCUUCAUCGACACGUUGACUCAGUCCCAAGCACCACCCACACCCAACCUACCUCGAAGUCCCUCCAGUUGCGCCAAGACACACCGCUACCAAACACGCCACUGUACACCUCCACUAUCACGGACAUGCCCCACACACUCCCAGCUACAUCAGGUCAUCGACGGACGCCACACACAGACGGCCACACUCGAACGAUGAAGGGAUCUUUAGCACCGUAGCCGCUCUGGUGGCCGGGCGCACCUUUCCUACCUGGAUCUGAGCUCUACUGGCACGAGACUACGACAGAACUUGUGGUGGAUGAUGGUGAAGCACCUUUUUGUGAGCGCCCUCGUCCCCCCUCCCCCCUUUCCAUGUGGUGUGCCAAGGCCGUCACCCGGUGUUGAGUGAUGAAAUGUACAUCCCUGUCCGUUGUCAUGGAUGGCGCAAGAAACUGUCCCAGAAUUCAUAACCUCAAUCACAUUAUCAACAAAGCCUGAUCCAACCAGCGCCUGAUUUAUCAUGCUCCUAUUUUAGGCCUGGUGACUUCUUCUCGGCAGCUACUGGGCUGGUGGUGAGGCGCCCCACGACGGCGAGCGGAUGUGUAGGACACUCGGGGUGACUUGGGGAUCGGGGAGCCGGGACGCCGAAGGGCCAAGAACGGACAAUGCCAAGGACGCAGACCAAAAGAAUAGCAAAAGAUGGACGAGUUUUUCUGUUGCGGAAUCUAAGCCAAAAAUCCUAACGCUUGUAAAUGAACGUGCACUAAAAGGUGGAACGAGAAUUGUGACAGACAAUAACUGAAAACGAAGAAAAGAGGUUUGUUGAUCAAAAAAAAAAAUAAAAAUAAAAAAGAAUCGUCGCGGGGAAUGUGUUCGAUGGGAGCCUCCCCCUAGGGAUCACGCCUGGUUCAUCCCGUUGAUCUUAUCAUUUGUGCUGUAUGUCUUCACUUCAUUUAAGUCAAUUCGUAGUGUUCUCGAUAUACUUAUAUAAGUAGAUUUAUAAUCACCUUUCUUUUCCAACUUAUCUCAACAGGAUCCAUGACUGCUGUUGGAAAAGUAUCAUAUUUUUCAAGACUGGCGAAUUCCUCGUUGGUCUUUCGAAAAGAGAAAUUUAUUUAUACUGUAGCAAAUAUUUCAGUGAAUACCCAACUUGGCAAGAUGUUCUUUAUGGUAUUCUUUAUUGUCUCAUAUGGACUUUCUGCACCAAGAUAAUACUUUUUUUUUUUUUUUACAACAAGGUCUUUGAUACCGUGGGCUCAAAUUUUACGUGAUCAUUUUAUAGUCAAUAGUAUAUGCCAAUUCAUGACGACUUCCUAGUAUCGUUGACAAGGCUGCCAUAAUAAUUAGAGAUAGCAGUUGAAUUUUAAAAGAAAGAAAGAACCUCAGCAUUAGUGCCAAAGUCAACUCUUAGAAUAAUUUUGAAUGAGUAUAUUCUGCUGCAGUCAUAUAUAUUUUUUAUUAUAUAUAUAUAUAUAUACGUACAUACGACGUAGAGAUAAACAAAUACCUUUUUUUUAAUUUGAAAAAAGAGAAAGAUAAGACU